AGAAACCGUUUUGUUCAAACGAGUUGUUCGUUUCUAAGCAACGUAUACCAACAAACAGGUGUGUGACUGCUAAUAAAACGUUUGUUUGCUAGCGCGACCUCAUUCUGUCGUAGAUAGCUAUACCUUCAAAUUGCUAUCCGUGAAAUGCUGAAUAAGAAGCUUGAGGAAAAAUAUGCCAAUCCAAGAGGGAGAGCUGAAAUGAUAUUGGAAAAACUCCCAGCUGUGUUGAAGAAGGACUCAGGUGGGCUAUAUCAUCAGAGUCAAACUGGAUUUCAAAAAAAAUCUUUUGACAGAAGACAUAGAGAGAUAAUUGCUAUUAACGAAUGGCAGCAAAAAAACAAAGAGACAUUUGAUCAAAACAAUUAUUGUCCUCCAAGGCAAUACAGCUCUAGAUGGAGAAAUGGCAACUUUGACCCUGAGUCAGACAGUAUGCUUGUAAGGAAAGUGGAUGGAUUGGACCGGGCUUUUCCACUAAAACCGGUUUACCACAAACGGUCGGUCAGUGCCAAGGACGAGGUACAAAGAUUGCCUGUUCCCAGUGUUCCAUCCCUAUCGGGAGGUUUCCGAGAAUACAGCGGAAGAUCUGGAAAAACUGAGAACAGGAAACCUCAAGAGAUUUCUUACCCAUCGUUUGAGGAGUAUAAUAAUGGCAAAGAUGAUACUGGACCCCAACAAUUAAAGGGAGAGAGGCUGUCGGACGAGCAACGAAGACUUGCAAAGGAAAUUCAUAAGAAGGAGCUGAUGAUCCAGAACAAGCUAUGGAAGACCGGAGAGAAACUAAAGAGCCAGAGGGAAAGGGUUGCUUCAGGUGACGACAAACACAGGAGGGAGGAGAGAUAUACGAGGAGACCAGCAGAAGAAAUAAACAAAUGGGUUCAAAAUAAGGUGUCAGAUGAGCACAGGAGAAGGGAUUUAGAGCGAGGAGGCCAAGCGAGGAUAAUAAAGGAGAAGUCUUUAAGGAGAGAGAAAACCCUGGAUACGGAUUGGCCAAGGGAGAAAAGGGAGGAAAUGAACAAAGACAGACGAGUUCAUGAAACACCUGUGGAGGACUGGGAAAGAUGGGAAAUAAGGGACAAAGAGACAAAUAAAAGGCCAGAGUGGAAUACAGAAAGGAGGAGGAGGGAGAUGGGUGUGUAUCAGGAGAGGGAGACGCACAGACAGUGGGAGGAGCACAGACAGUGGGAGGGGCACAGACAGUGGGAGGGGCACAGGAGUGACAGGCUGAGAGAGCGAGAGUGGCACGAGGUGGAGAGAGACAUGAAUGAAAAGGAGAUAAGGUUGGAGAGAGAAAAGAAGCUGCUUUGGCACAGGUGGGAGAAGGAACAAGCGAGAGCAGAAGAGGAGAGAAGGAAGUUGGCUGAGGAGGACCUAGACUGGCAGAGGGAAAACCAGUGGGAGAGAUCCAGAGAGAGGUACGUGGUGAGGGAUGGUAAGAGAAGGGAAAAGGACUUGGCUCCUCGUGGGAGGAUCCAGGAGAAUGGGCACCAGCAACCUGCCCAUAGAGGAACAGAGAACAGGAGACCUCCAGAGUUGUCCUCCACAUCAGUCUCUAAUCCUCAGUCAAACGGGCCACGGCGAGAUGCUCUUCGCCUGGAACAGACGCGUGAUGAUGUUCCCCUGCUCAUCGCUUGCAAGAUUUGCCAGAGACAUUUUCUUGCAGAGAGACUGGAGAAGCACCACCAGGUCUGUGAAAAGAUGCAGAAGUCCAACCGCCAAGUUUACGACUCUUUCAAGCACAGAGCCAAAGGGACAGAAUUGGAGGAGUUCAUGAAAACCAACACGAGAAGCAAGACUCCAGAGCUGAAAAAGAACAACUGGAGGGUGAAGCAUGCACAGUUGUUGCGUAACAUGCAACACGCGCAUGGUGGUUCUGCACAGCCGGCACCAUCCAUCCAAGACCCGGAUUACGUCACCUGUCCUCACUGUGAGCGUCGGUUCGCUCCAGGGCCAGCAGAGCGACAUGUCCCCAAAUGUCAGAACAUCAAGAGUCGCCCCCCACCGCCUCCCCGCCGCCCCCCACCCUAACCCCGGGCACCCCCCACCCUAACCCCC